AUGGACGCCAAUGGCACGUCGUCGAUGACUCCUCACCAUUCGCUCUUGCAUUCCAUCCUACCCGCAGCCACCUAUCGCCCGAUCGUCGUCUUUUGCAUUGGCCUGUGGGGUUGGGGCCUGAAUCUCUACCUACUUUCAAGACAUCAUAUCGAUCCAGCACAGCUUCUUCAAAUCCAUGCCAUCGACAAGCAUUCACCCAUGCAUAAAGCAGUGUUUUCACUCGCUACUAUCAUCACCUUACUCGUCACUCUCAAUAUGUGGUGGUAUUCGCUUAUGAAGGGGCAAGCUUCGACUUGGACACCGUUAAUAUGCUAUGUAUUGGCUCUUGCACUUGUCCUUUGGCCUGGUAAAGGGCUCUAUCGAAAAGAGCGUGAACGUUUUGUACGUGUUUUACGACGAUUGUUCUCUCUCAACAUUCUAUCUACGGUCUACUUUGCCGAUAUCAUCUUGGCCGAUAUUCUCACAAGCUUCUCUAAUGUCUUUGGCGAUCUUUUCACUACGGGCUGUUCGGCUUUGGGAAAUCCAUCUGAUAAUCCGGAUGCUUGUCACCGAGAUAUCUUGGUACCUUUGCUCAUUAGCUUGCCCUACUUGAUACGACUACGACAAUGCAUUUCAGAAUACUUGGAAUCAGGAGGGCAGACCAAACGUCAUCUUUUCAACGCUUUGAAAUAUGCAUCCGCAUUCCCUGUCAUCAUCAUCUCGGCUACUCAAAAGCGUGCAGAUCAUUGGAUUGCAGCUACUGGAUCAGUACCAAGCACGUGGUGGAUCAAUGAUACCAAUCUUUUUCGUAUAUGGAUGUUCUUUGUCUUUAUCAACUCAAUGUACUCCUUUUGGUGGGAUAUAUCCAUGGAUUGGUCCUUGAUCAAUAUUACUACGACAUCACCACGUACACAUCAACAAACACCUAUCCUACGAUUUCGUCGCCACUUGCAUUUCAAUGAUCCGAUUUGGUACUAUGCUGCAAUGACGCUUGAUUUUGUGCUUCGAACCACUUGGAGUCUGAAACUCAGCUCUCAUCUUUACGUCAAGAGACUUGAAGGCAGCAUCUUUACAAUGGAGCUAUUGGAAGUCUUUCGAAGAUGGGUUUGGGUUAUCUUUCGGAUGGAAAACGAGUGGGUCAAACGAGCUACAGCAUCACUCCCUACCGAUAAUCCCGUUCUCUUGUCGAUGGAAUCUUUACACAACCCACCACCAAAGUUAAUGACUAUUCGAGAAGAAGAUGGUGACGAUGAUCCAGCAAGCAAAUGA